AUGUCGGACCACUGCGAGAUAUCCAAUCGGAGUGAAACAUACGCCGACAACCUAACGGAGGAUGAUGUGGAGCCCAAGCUUAAGUAUGUUCGCCUUUCGAACGACAUAAAGAAUAUUCUCAGCGAGGAAGCGAUCAGUUGUAUUGCGGUCCAUCCGAGGUUUCUUUGCCUAGGGACACACUGGGGCCGUAUACACAUGCUGGACCACCAGGGAAACUGUGUGCAUACCGUUAUCAAUCGGAAGGAAAAUACACACAUCCUCUCGGUCAACAAAAUCUCGGUGGACAGUCGGGGCGAACAAAUAGCAACCUGUUCCGACGAUGGCAAAGUGAUCAUUAGCGGGUUGUAUACGGAUGAAAACAAUCAGGUACUUUCCACGGGCAAAAUUAUCAAAGCGGUUGAGCUGGAUCCGAACCACAAUCGUUCCGGUUCUGGUAAAAGAUUUAUAAUAGGCGAUAACAAAUUGGUACUCUACGAGAAAACAUUCCUGAAAGGUUUAAAAUCGACCAUUCUUAGUGAUUCCGAAGGUCAGGUGACGGCCAUCAAAUGGAACGGACAGUUUGUGGCGUGGGCCAGCUCGCUUGGCAUUCACGUGUAUGAUUUGAAUGAAAAGUGCUCACUAGGAUUUAUCCAAUGGGAGGAACCUAAGGACGGAAAGUUAACGGACUACCGAUGUAAUUUAAACUGGUCCAAUGCUACUACACUACUGAUUGGAUGGGUGGACACGGUGCGCAUAUGUGUGAUAAGAAAACGAAACGCCAUCGAAGUGUCUACAAGAAACCUUCCAGCGCAUAUAGUCGAUCCGAUGUCCACCUUCCAGACGGAUUUUUUCAUCUGUGGUAUUGCACCGUUGGAAACGAAUCAGCUAGUCGUGCUAGGGUACGCUAAGGAGCGGGAUUCCGAAACGAACAAAGCGCUGCGGCCCAUUCUGUGCGUGCUGCAGUACAAUGCAAGCGAUUAUAUUGAAAUCUGCACCGACAGUUUAUCGAUGCGAGGAUACGAGGAGUACAAGUGUGACGACUAUCAUCUGGACUGUUUGAUCGACGAAAACCAGUAUUUUAUCGUUUCGCCAAAGGACGUUGUCGUGGCUAAUCUGUACGAAACGGACGACCGUGUCCAGUGGCUCAUAGAGCACGGUAAAUUUGAACAAGCGAUGGAUGUGAUAGCAACGCACGGUGGAAAAUACUCGCUAAUAACUGUCGCAAGGCUCUACCUGGACCAUUUGCUCUCCCUGCAACAGUUUGAUGAAGCGGCCCGGCUCUGUCAGCGCGUGUUCGGCACCGACAAGCAGCUCUGGGAGGAAGAAGUGUACAAAUUCGUGAAGGUAAAGCAACUUCGAUCGGUUAGCAGCUACAUUCCUAUAACGGACGCGUGUAAACUGAACCCACACGUGUACGAGAUGGUUCUGUACGAGUAUCUGCAGCUCGAUCCGACUGGGUUCCUGCAGCUGGUCAAGGAAUGGCCACCCCGUCUGUACAACACGAAGGCCGUUAUUAACGCGGUGAAUGAUCAUUUCAACAAGAAGGACGCUAACAUACUGCUGGAAGCGCUAGCGAUAUUGUACACGCACGAAAAAGAGUUUGAUCGUGCUCUGACGAUGUAUUUGAAAUUGCAGCACAAAGAUGUGUUUGAGUUGAUCACCACGUACAAUCUGUACGGCAUGGUGAAAAAUUGCAUCGUACAGCUCAUCGAGCUGGACAGAGAGCGUGCGAUCGCCAUGCUGCUGAAGGAUCACAUCCCCGCCGAAGACGUCGUCCGAGAGUUGGAACAGUGCGAACAGUACCUAUACCGAUUUCUCGAUGCGUACGAUAAGGUGAAAAGCAACGAAAAGUUCCAUUGGCGUCUGGUGAACCUUUACGCACGAUAUGAGCCAGAAAAGUUGCUCUCCUUCCUGAAACGCUCCAACAGCUACCCUAUACAGGAAGCGUACGAUAUCUGCCAGGGAUUGAAAUUCUACCCAGAAAUGGUGUAUCUGCUCGAUAAGAUGGGCAGCACACGGGAAGCACUCACGAUCAUCAUGCACAACCUGCAGGACGUACCGAUGGCGAUCGAUUUUUGCAAAGAGCACGACGAUAUGGACCUGUGGAAUGAUCUGAUCAACGAGUCCGUCGACAAACCGCACGUAAUGACGAAGCUGCUGAACAGUAUUGCCGGUUUUAUCAAUCCCGAGCUGCUGGUGGACAAAAUCAAAUCCGGUCAGGAUAUUGAGGGGUUGAAGGAAUCGGUCAUCAAGAUGCUGUGCGGGUACAGUUUGCAAGUGUCGAUACAGGAAGGCUGCAAUCAGAUACUGGGUGCGGACUAUUUUGACAUGCACGAACGAUUGGUACGCGUGCAGCAGGGUGCACUGUACGUGACGACCGAUCACGUGUGUGGCGUCUGUCGACGGGACAUAAUUGUCAAGGAUAGCAUGAAGGCAGAUAUCGUAAUGUUUAACUGUAGGCACUACUUCCACGAACCUUGUCUGCUGGACAAGUACAACUUGGACAUAUGCAUAGUUUGUAACACUAAAAAAAUGGGAAGCGCGGGAACAUUUUAG